AACUCGUCUAUCAGUAGUUUUCACCUUCCCGAAAUCGCCUCAUCGUCACCCUCAGGCAUCCCGAAAGAUUAAUCAAAAAUCCAGAGUCCAUGCCGCGUCCUCCCCACCAACUCCAUCAUGACGGUACCUCUCCGCCACCCCCACAAAAACCUAACCAGAAGUUCCUAUCCUUAAUCCUCAAAUCCAUAAUCAUGUUGUUCCUCACCUCUGUCUUCUUCCUCCUCCUCCCCCUCGCAUCCCUCAUGCUCCUCCUUCCCCUCCUCCUUCGCCACCGAUACCACCGUCGCCAAAGCCACGACUCUUCCUCAUCUGGGUUCUCUCCAAAACUCCUUCGCAAGCUUCCGCAAUUUAGGUUCUCGAAACAAACCACCCAUACCUAUUUCGAAGCUGACUGUGCUGUUUGCUUGGAUGGGUUCAGACAGGGCCAGUGGUGCCGGAAGCUUGAUGGAUGCGGUCACUUGUUUCAUAGGAAGUGCGUGGAUACUUGGCUGGUGAAAAUCGCUGCUUGUCCCGUUUGCAGGAGAAGGGUUUGCUUGGAUGAGGAUAAGAGCAUUUGGGGUUUUGGUACGAGGAUGACAGAAUUCGGGCUUUCUUAGAUUUGUAAGUUUGUUGGAACCCUUGAUUUUUGUUGAGUUUGAGAUUUGGUUUUGGUUGUAAUGUACAGUUUCAAAUUUAAUGAAUAUGAAGUAAGCCUCCCUUGUCUCUGUCUAUAAUGCUGCAUUACUUCUAUGGUUGCUGAAAAUUUUGGUUUGUGAUUAGAAAAAAGUGUAGAAUUCUGCUCAUCGGAUGCUUUGCUGUUGAAUUCAGUAAGGAAAAUGGCAGAUGUUUAUUUGUGAGUUUUUCUACGGGCACAUGUUAGAGGGCAUCUUUCGUCAUAAAUGUAUAAAAAUAAAAAAUAAAAAUUGACAUUAAUUUUAAUAUAUUGUUAAAGAGAUGAAUUUAAUUAUAUGAAUGAUAAAUUAAAGGUUAAUUUUUGUAUUCCUAACACAAAUUUAAGAUAAAAAAUGUAGUUAUUACUGGCAUGUUAAAAAAACCCUUUAUUUAUUUAACAUGGGAAAAAGGUUUCUUUCCUAGGGAGCUGUGGUCAGAAGAAAGUUUCUUCUAACUUCCUAGGUGAUAAGGAAGGAAAGCUAACUGGAUAAAAUGGAAAUAUGUGGGAAAAGGAUUUAGUUUUAGUAGAAGAUGAAAUGUAAAUGCUGAUUAUAUGAAAUUUUUGUCUUCCCAUAGCCAUUUUUUUCUGGUCUUGGAGAUACAUGACAUGGGGCUAUAACCCUGAUUGUAAUAUAUGGAUUACAGAGCCUUGUUUAUAAGUUUCUAAUAUGUGGGUUAUGACUCUGCUGUUAUAUUUUUUCAAUUUCUAUUAGAAGAUGUUGCCUGGUGAAUCAAUGUGUGCGUGGUAAAUGAUGUUCCUAGGCUUUGUGUGGUUAUAUAUGUUGCUAGGUAGACAUAAAAUGUUAAACAAGAAAGUUUAGUUAAAACA